AUGGCCAAUGCCACGGCAAUCUCCAUCCCACAACGCUGCCCCUGGAUAGACCAACCCUGGACCCAGAAUCCAAGAGGACCAGCCUGUUCGCUUUUCCCCACUGGAGCCUUCUCAGAGGAGAGCUUUCAUCCUGACUUGGAUAACUCGGGAAGUGCGGGCUUAGCUGGCCUGGAGAUGGCAUCCCGGCUGCCGCACAGGCCACAGAGAGCGUUUGUGGAGAUUGCCCGUGGUCUCUGCAUCUGGUUCACGCUCUCAGCCAGGGUGCAUCCUGGCUUGGAAGCACUGGGGGAGGAGGAAGUAGAACACCGGUUUGCUGAUGAUGACGCCUGUGUGCCUGGGAACACAGGAGGACAGGCUCAGAGACAUGCUUCAGGAAUUCAGGCCACAGCUGCAGUCAUUCCUGGAGAGCCCAGAUCUGUAGGACCAGCUGAGGUUUGUGGGCAGAGCCUCAGAUCUUGCACUGGUAGCACACGGGGACACAGCAGCUGGACUGGGAACAGCAGGGUUUGCAACAGCUGGACUGGCAGCAGGAUGACCCACAGCCUGAGGAGGAGCAGCAGGGCUUGCAGCAGCUGGACUGGGAACAGCAGGGCUUACAGCAGCUGGACUGGCAGCAGGAUGACCCACAGCCAGAGUAGCAGCAGCAGGGCUUACAGCAACUGCACUGGGAGCAGCCACAAGAGCCACAGCCCCCCUUGGAGCCCCCACAGGAACCACAGCCCCCCUUGGAGCCCCCACAAGAGCCACAGCCCCCCUUGGAGCCCCCACAAGAGCCACAGCCCCCCUUGGAGCCCCCACAAGAGCCACAGCUAGAGCAGCAGCAGAAGGGCACACAGCGGCUGGGGCCACAGCCCCCACAGUUGGAGCCACAGCUCCCCUUGGAGCCCCCACAGGAGACGGGCACACAGCACCUGGAACCACAGCCCCUGCAGCUGGAGCCACAACCCCCACAGCCGGAGCCACAGCCCCCACAGCCAGAGCCACAGCCUCCGGAGCAGCCACAGCAGCCCAUGGUUCUGGUGGAUUGAGGGUGGAGCAGGUAGAGGAGCAGGUGAGAAGAGGUGGCAGGUGCAGGUGUGGAGCUCCCUGAGCCCCGGCUCUUUAUAUUCCUGCCCAGGUGUUUAUACUGAUCACAUGAAUACUGUUGUUGUUUCUGCUGUUUCACAUGCACAAGUGUUAUUUUUAAUCUCUUCACCGUCCUAUGAGCCGCCAUCAGCUCAAGCCAAGCUCUACUUUCCUUGGUUUCUAAAUUUGGCCUCUUCCUCAUAGGCGUUUCCCUUUGUU